AUGGGCGCCGCCGCGUGGGCAUCGUCCCCCCUGCCGCUGCCUGUGUCUCUCUUGCUGCUGAUUCUGCCGCUCCCGGGGCUGCCCGCGGGCUCCUGGGACCCGGCGGGUUACCUGCUCUACUGCCCAUGCAUGGGGCGCUUCGGGAACCAGGCUGAUCACUUCUUGGGCUCCCUGGCUUUUGCAAAGCUGUUGAACCGCACCUUGGCUGUACCCCCUUGGAUUGAGUACCAGCAUCACAGGCCUCCCUUCACCAAUCUCCAUGUGUCCUACCAGAAGUACUUCAAGCUGGAGCCCCUCCAGGCCUACCAUCGAGUUAUCAGCCUGGAGAACUUCAUGGAAAAGCUGGCACCCACUCACUGGCCCCCCGAGAGGCGGGUGGCAUACUGCUUUGAGGUGGCAGCCCAGCGAAGCCCUGAUAAGAAGACGUGCCCCAUGAAGGAAGGAAAUCCCUUUGGCCCAUUUUGGGAUCAGUUUCAUGUGAGUUUCAACAAGUCUGAACUUUUUUCAGGCAUUUCCUUCAGUGCCUCCUACAAAGACCAGUGGAUCCAGAGAUUUUCUCCAAAGGAACAUCCAGUGCUCGCCCUGCCAGGGGCUCCGGCCCAGUUCCCCGUCCUGGAGGAACACAGGCCACUCCAGAAGUACAUGGUAUGGUCAGACGAGAUGGUGAGGACGGGAGAGGCCCACAUCCGCACCCACCUCAUCCGGCCCUACGUGGGCAUUCACCUGCGCAUUGGCUCGGACUGGAAGAAUGCCUGUGCCAUGCUGAAGGACGGGACUGCGGGCUCCCACUUCAUGGCCUCCCCACAGUGUGUGGGCUACAGCCGCAGCACGGCCGCCCCUCUCACCCUGACUAUGUGCCUUCCUGACCUGAAGGAAGUCAGACGGGCCGUGAAGCUCUGGGUGGAUGCACUGAAUGCCCAGUCAGUCUACAUCGCCACGGAUUCCGAGAGUUACGUGCCCGAGAUCCAAGAGCUCUUCAAAGGGAAGGUGAAGGUGGUGAGCCUGAAGCCUGAAGUGGCCCAGAUCGACCUGUACAUCCUUGGCCAAGCUGACCACUUUAUUGGCAACUGUGUCUCCUCCUUCACUGCCUUCGUGAAGCGGGAGCGGGACCUCCAGGGGAGGCCGUCCUCUUUCUUUGGCAUGGACAAGCCCCCUCAGCUGCGGGAUGAGUUCUGAUCCUGGCUGGAGCACAUCACCAGUCUGAGCUGGUCGCACUUGCCAGGCCUGGCAGCCAGCAGUGCUCCCAGCAUGGAUUCUCAAGAGUGCAAGCUCCUCUGCUCCCCUGCCAGAGACAGAAAAGCACCAGGGACUUCUGGAGGAGAAGGACUCCAUCUCCCAGGGCACAGGGCUUUCAGGCUCCUGGAGCCGGAGCAUCUCUGCUCCCUUUGUGCCUCCUGCUGUUUCUCCUGGGAAUUUCGCACACUGGCAAAGCAGUCCAACCGCUGUCUUUUGGUCUGCCCUGCUCUGAGCAGCCUGGGGGGCUAAUCUCUUCAGCGAUUUUUUUAUAGAGAGAGAAACAGAGAUUCUUA